AUGAAUGUCGAACUGGCUAAUAAUGAGUCUACAUCUAAUGUGAACCAACUACUCAAUUCUACUGAUGUCAAGAGCUCAUUAGAUAUUACUUCAUUCUCAAAUUCAUUAACCGCCCCAUUUCCUGCCGAAUCAUUAGAUAUAGCUGUUCAUGCUGAUCCCUCGAGGCCACCGGUUUCUUUGUUCUUCAUUUGUCAACUUUUGAGAAAUAGAGGCUUUCACAUUUGCCUCUUAAGCUAUGUUCAUUCUCUUUGUCCAUCUUUACCUGAAAGGGUUAAAAACUUACUUAAAGAGUACGACGAAUCUGCGGAAUGCUCAUCGUUGCCUGUGGUGAAGAUUCACCUUAUCUGGGGGCUAGUUCCAUUGGAUUGCCAAAUCUUUAUUAACUCAUUUAAAUAUCCUCCGCUGUACGGCGAAUCGAUGCUCUUGCGUCUACUCCUUCAGCACUUAAGCUUGACGGAAGAGACCCCCUCCGACACGCUCGACAGUGUAUUAGCCAUAGUUGACUCUCAGAUACUAUUUGGCCGAUCCAAAGACAAGAACGCUGCCGUAAAACGUCUUACCUCUGAGAUAUACUUCGGCCAUGCUACUGUGACCUCACGCCUUGCAUGCCCAUCCCUUCUUGAUGCCUUUGUUUACUCAUCCCUCGUUGUUUCACACAGUCUGGGCUCACUACCGGACGGACUCAAAUCCUGGAUGAAAAUGUGCUCUGAGUGUCCAAGAUUUUCUAACCUGAUAGAAGUGUUUGCCUAA